AUGGCUAGGGGUAAAUGGUUUCCGAACCUCACGGGGCAAAUCAAAUGGGCCAGGGAAUCUGAAUGCUGUCUACCAGAUAAAAAUGUUUUGUUUUCGAUUCUCAGCGGCGAAAAUACGGGAAGACUGGCUAAACGGGCAAGGGAGGAGUGUGAGAAUGGAGGUCACGGUGGUGGUAUAAGCAGUGGAUAUGAGAGUGCGACAGAGCAUUCUGUUGUAUUGCAGAGAAGUAAUCUGGUUUCAGGUCCAAUUGAAGUUGAGAAUUUAUCCGCGGUAGGGAAAGUUGGGUGGACAUCGAAGUCGUUGAACGAUGCGGAUAAGACUAAAGAGGGUUCCGUAUUGUUUGAGCCGAGGAUACAGAAGCAGGUAAGCGGUGAAUCUCAAUUACAGCUUAUCAGAGGAUCCAGUCAUGUGCGGGGAUCCGCUUGGUCAGCAGAAAGUUCCAUGGGUCAUGGUCCGAGAGACGUGGAGAUUUUACCGAGGAGUUGUAAGACAUCUGAGUUAAUAGCAGAUGGGUCGCAGUCUGAUAUUCCAUAUAAGCUGAUUCAGUUACUUAAACAAAAGUGUUUAUUGCUGCAAAGAAAGUGUGAUGUUUUGGAAUCAACUACAUUAUCAGAGGAUGCAAAGAGGCAACAGAUAAGCGAAAAGUUCGUGCCUCAAAUUGAUUCUGUAUCAAGAGCUAUCUGUCUAUUGGAACCAAAUAUCAACAGAGUCGAAAGUUCUAUAGCGUCCAACUUUACUGCGACAAUACUAAAUGGCAAUGUAGGCACAGAUGUACCAGUUUCAUCAUCUGUAAUUCCCUUUUCCACAGCCACAUCAAUACGACCUCCAAAACCUUCCCACGUAAUUUCUAUAGAUCUCGACGAUGAAGAAGAUGGUGAAAACAAUGUUAAAGUUGGUAAUGUCGUGCAUCAAGAGAGGGUACAUAUUUCUGCCUUCUCUCACUCUGAGGCUGAGAAGAGGUCGACAAGGAUGCUUCGAGAACGCCAGCAAGAUGUUAAUUAUAGAGUUCCGGCUAUGGAUGACGAUUUUGCUUACCACAUGGGAGCCACUCACUCUCAAGAAAGGCUUGAUGAUAUUACUGUAGAAGCGGAAACUGAAGAUUCGCAUUUCUUAUCCACUAUGGACGAAGAAAUAGAUACUGAUGUUCACGAUAGCGACCGCGAAUUCGUUGCAGACGGUCUGGAAAACUAUUUGAACGAUUCCCAUGAUAUGGACGAGGACUAUUUGUAUCAUUCUGGCUCGGAUCAAGGAGCUGAAUUCCUGGAAACUAAUACUCAAUCACAAUCUUUGGGCGGAGAUGACGGAAAUAUGCUAAAUGGGCGCUCGCAGCGAUCUCAGAAUAGAGUAAACGAGAUAAUUAUCGAAUCGUCUCCGCAUAAACUGUCAAUGGACGACGCUCUUCAAGUCGACAAUAUUCCAGAAGUUAAUCUACUGGAUCAUGAUGAUGACGGCGAAAUGUUCUCAGAUACAAUCGUUCGUAGUGUGCAAAGUGUUAAGCCGCAAUUCCAAUUUAACGAUAUGCAUGAAGAUUUAGUGGAUAACCUUUCUGACAGUGAUCUUGAAGCUUUUGAUCAAGAAAGGGAAUAUCAAACCCAAAGGAACGAUAUAAAAGAAUUGGACGACGAUUUGAAAAUCAUUUCAGAAACCUCUGUGGUGGAAUAUGUGCCUCUAUCUCAUAAAGAGAUUAAGAAGGAGAAUAUGCUUACUGGAGAACAGGACUUGUUGGAUGAUGAUGACGAUGAUUUCUCUAUAAGCGAGAUUAAACAGCUUAGUGCUAUACCGAUGGGUUCUACAUCGGUAACCAAAACUGUCAAAGAAAUCUCAGCCCCAGUGCUUCCAUGGACAGCUGAAGUAUUUCACAAGUUGCAAAAUAUAUUCAAGCUUCCGAACUUCAGACCUAAUCAACUGGAAGCAAUAAAUGCCACUUUAGGUGGCCAAGAUGUCUUUGUACUAAUGCCUACAGGAGGUGGUAAAUCUCUAUGCUAUCAACUACCAGCAAUUGUAAAAUCUGGCAACACUAGUGGAACAACGAUAGUUGUAUCGCCAUUAAUAUCCCUGAUGCAGGAUCAGGUUGAACACUUACUAGCAAAAAAUAUAAAAGCCAGUAUGUUCAGCUCUAAAGGUACAGCCGAGCAAAGGCGCCAAACUUUUAACUUGUUUAUUAAUGGGCUGCUAGAUUUGGUUUAUAUUUCUCCAGAAAUGAUCUGUGCCUCGGUACAGUGCAAAAAUGCAAUUCAGAAGUUGUACCGUGAUCACAAGUUAUCUCGUAUCGUUGUCGAUGAAGCACAUUGUGUCUCUAACUGGGGUCAUGACUUUCGACCAGAUUAUAAAGAAUUAAAGUUCUUUAAAGAAGAAUAUCCAAACAUACCCAUGAUGGCACUAACAGCAACGGCAAGCGAACAGGUUCGUAUGGAUAUCAUUCACAACUUACAGCUAAGGCAACCGGUUUUUUUGAAACAAAGUUUUAAUAGAACGAAUCUUUACUACCAAGUUUUGCGGAAGUCUAAGAAUUCCAUGGAUGAAAUAUGUGAAACUAUAAAAACCAAGUUUAGGGGCCAGACCGGAAUUGUGUAUUGUCACUCAAAGAAUUCUUGCGAGCAGACUGCAGCUACUAUGGUUCGCAGUGGGGUAAAGUGUGCAUAUUAUCAUGCAGGUAUGGACCCUGAUGAGCGUCUGCAAGUUCAACAAGGUUGGCAGUCUAAUAAGGUUCAGGUUAUUUGUGCCACUGUGGCUUUUGGUAUGGGCAUUGAUAAACCGGAUGUGAGAUUUGUUUACCACUUUACUGUUCCUCGGACUUUAGAAGGAUACUAUCAAGAAACUGGGCGUGCAGGUAGAGAUGGCAGUUAUUCUCAUUGUAUUAUGUAUUAUUCUUUUAGGGAUGUGCGGACCAUUCAGUCAAUGAUUCAGAAAGAUAAAAAUCUUGACCGGGAAAAUAAAGAGAAACAUUUAAACAAGUUGCAACAAGUGAUGCAAUAUUGUGAGAAUACUACUGAUUGUAGAAGGCAGCUAGUGUUAUCCUAUUUCAAUGAGAGUUUUAAUUCUUCAGACUGUACCAAAAACUGUGAUAAUUGUAGGAAUGGGCAUAAUAUCGAAUAUGAAGAUCGAGAUGUAACUUCUGAGGCGUUGGAUAUUAUCAGAUUGGUACAGUCUGUGAAGGAUGACAAAGUAACUUUGAUUCAUUGCCAAGAUAUAUAUAAAGGUUCGAAAAAUGCAAAAGUUAUCCAAAUGUGUCAUGAUCAAUCUGAAUUCCAUGGUUUGGGCAAGAGAAUCAGCAAAGCUGACAUUGAAAGGAUAUUUUUCCACUUAAUCACUCUGCAAAUAUUACAAGAAUACUCAGUUAUGAAUGGUCGUGGUUUUGCCUCAGACUAUGUAAAGCUAGGACCAAAAGCGAACAAUUUACUAAAAGGCAAGAUGAGGGUUCAUAUGCAGUUUGCCACAACACCAAAAUUAUCAAGACCUUCUAGUGCUCUAGGUAAUGCUUAUACGGCUGGUCCAACUCAAAUGCAAGAGUUCUCACAAGAUAAUCCAAAAAAGUCAGCUGAUGUUGGUACUUCCCGAGGUCCACAAUUACACCUUGAUAAUUUCUUGUAUCAUGAAACCCCUCUAGGAACUAGCACUGAUCUUAAAUACAAUAAAACUGCAUGCAAUUUAACAGAUAAUGAUUCUCUAGAAGUUGAACGACAUAUAUCUCAGUCAUAUGAUAAACUACAAGCGGUGGCUAUUAAGAAAGCUUAUGACUAUGGGUAUACCACACCAAACUCAUUUAUGACUCCACAUAUUUUAAGAAAUUUGUCCGUCCAUCUUCCAAUCAGUCAACCGCAAUUUGAUCGUUUAUGUCCAGCUACAGAAUCUUUUUCCAAGUUCAAGUAUUUUAGAAACCUCCUUUUGACGUUGAAACAAGAGAGAGAAAAUAUUACAUCAGUAUCCAAAACUUUAAAUCGGCAUACCUUAUCCAAUAGUUUACAACAAAAUUCCAUGGAAAGGGGUUCAACAUCUCACUUCUUUGUCCCUGACAAAGAGCAAGAAGCAAACGACUUUGCAAUUGUAUCGCAAAUCAAACAAACAAUGGAACCACCUCAAUCAAAACUUCCUACCAGUUCUAGAAGAAAGUCAACUGUGUCUAAAGCACCUUCUAAAAGGUCAAGAUAUAGGAAGUAUACCAAAAAAGGUUCAAAAAGGCGAUAA